AUGGCGACCGCGGCGCGCCUGGAAUUGGGGCGCUUGGCCCAGGAGGCCGCGGCCCUGGCGGGGGCCGUCCGCGGGUCUCUCGGCCCUCAUGGAGGACAGGUUCUGCUCACCCGCCCCACGGGGGAGGUCCUGCUUUCCCGAGACGGACGGCGUGUGCUGGAGGCCCUGAAUGUGGACUCGCCAACGGCCAGAGGUGUGAGUCCGAAAGGAGAAGGGCGGUAUAGAAAUUCGAAUAAGAAUAAUAAGAAUAAUAAGAAUCUGCUGAAACCCACGGUUCGAAUCCAUAGUGCCGCCUAACGGGGUGAGUUCCUGUUACUUCU